GUUUCCUUUGCUGCUCUCAUAUAUCUUACUACUGUCACGGGCAGGUCCUUUUCUCUGCAUUCUGACAUUGGAGUAAAAAAAGGGUACUCCUUCUCCGGCGCCGGAGACGUCACCGGCUAUCACCUCGCCUCCAAUCCCCUCCGAAAUAGUGCCGUACUGCUCCGAUCAUCCGUUGCAUGUUCCAUGUGGCAAGCGCCUUGUCGUUUGAUCUUCUUCUGAGAGUUUCACGUUUAGAAUGGUACAUUGAAGAAGCGGGUCAAACUUUGAGGGGUAAAGGAGUAAGCUUUGCCGACUGAGGUCUUCAAAUUGCUGCCCGCGCCGGCGCAAAGAUGUCUUUCCAGCAAAAGGGUUGGAUGCCUAGUGAUGGCAGGUGUGUGAGCAAUGGAGAAAUGAGCUACGAAAAUUCAGGCAAGCUAGAACCUAAGCGUAGCCAUCAAUGGUUUGUGGAUGGCACAGCGCCGCAAAUGUUCAGCAACAAGAGACAGGCGAUGGAGACUAUUGGAGGCAGACCAGUUCCUGAUAUUGCUUCAAUGAGUAUGCCUUCUUGGGACAAUAAUGCAAACUUUCAUACGAUUCCUGGCCAGUUCACAGAUAGACUAUUUGGAUCUGAGCCUAUACGCCCCGGCAACUUAGUUGAUAGAAAUAUGGCACCUUUUAAUGCCGGUGAUAUUACUAUGGGAAGAAAGCUUACAGAGGACCAGUUUGCAAAUGAUUCCUCCGUGAACUUAUCCAUGUCCCACAGCAAUGAAGAUCCCUCGUCUUUUCUCAAUUUUGGUGGACACAGGAAAGUGAAAAUCAAUCAAGUCAGGGAGCCUGACAGCAGUAUAUCUGCAUCCAUGGGCAAUUCGUUUAGAAGGGCAGAUAACAGUGGAAUUUCAUAUAAGACUGAUGGAAACACCAUUUCAUUGGGCCCUGCAUAUGAAAACAGGGAUCAGAACAAUAACUCCCUGGGCACAGGCUAUAGCAAGGCAAGUGAGAAUUUCAUUCCUAUGAGUCAGACCUUCGGCAAGGAAGAUGGGAACUUCAUAUCGAUGGGCCAAAAUUAUAACAAGGGGACUGAGAACCUCUUAUCAAUGGCCCAGCCAUUUGGAAAGGGUGAUGGAAGUUUCAUUUCGAUGGGUCAAGCUUAUCGGAAGGGAGAUACAAAUAAUGUAUCCACGGGCAUGUCCUACAAUAAGGAACAAAGUAAUUUUAUCUCAAUGGGGCACAACUAUGGAAAACCUGGGGAAAAUCUCAUGUCGAUGGCUCCUUCAUUCAAUAAGGGCAAUGAUAGUUUGAUAUCAAUGGGUCACACCUACCACAAGGCUGAUGCUAAUAUUGGUCAAAUGGGUGCCACAUAUGAGAAGGGCGAUUCAAGGAUUUUAUCUAUGGGACACAGUUACAAGGGAGACCACAAUACGAUUUCUUUUGGAGGAUUCAGUGAUGAACCCGAGGGGAAUGCAUCUGGUACAAUUAUUGGGAAUUAUGAGAUAGUGAUAGACAAUGAGGGCUCGGCUCAAGGUUCAGAAAUGCCCUGCCUUAAAGAGGUGAUAGAGUCAAAUCUCGACCAAGCUGUGAAUAGUUGUACGGCUUCAAAGGCUAACUCUAGAACUGACAAUCCCCCAAAGACAAAGGCAGUUAAGAAGGUUCCUGCAAACAACUUUCCUUCAAACGUUAAAAGUUUGUUAUCCACUGGCCUGCUUGAUGGGGUCCCUGUGAAGUAUGUUUCCUGGUCCCGUGAAAAAAAUCUCAAGGCAGUCAUUAGAGGGACUGGGUAUCUGUGUGGAUGUAACGAGUGCAACCACUCAAAGUCUCUGAAUGCCUAUGAAUUUGAGCGUCAUGCGGGUUGCAAGACCAAACAUCCGAAUAAUCACAUUUACUUUGAGAAUGGUAAGACCAUUUAUGCCGUGGUCCAGGAGCUGAAGAACACCCCUCAAGAGAUGCUGUUUGAUGUGAUUCAGAAUAUCACAGGUUCUCCUAUUAAUCAGAAGAAUUUCCGCAUUUGGAAAGCAUCAUACCAAGCAGCCGCAAGGGAGCUCCAGCGGAUCUAUGGGAAGGAUGAAGUUAAAAUGCCGUGUUGAGGUGUGCAAUCUGGUGCACUGGAAAGCUUGUUUGGUACGAUAUUGCUGCAGGAUAAAUCUGUGACACCGUAUAGUGACAUUAUGGCUUUAAUUUUGGUUGGGGGAUUUUAAGUUAGCUUGAGCAAACUGAUGCUUAUGGUUAAUCCUAGCCUGUAAAUUUCUUCAGAAACUUUGACGGGUCGGGUUAAGAAUGAAUGCUAUCGAAAAGGUUCACUGUGAAUUUGAGAGGCAGUAGGGUUCUUCCUUCCAACAACUGGAGGUGGUGA